AUGCCGUCAACCACGUCACAUGACCUAAAUAAUCAAGCAUUGCUGUAUCGCUACGAACGAAAGGCAAACUCCGAAACAGAGGAAGAGACUAUAUUUUUUUUUAAAGGCUUCAAAGGGCUGCUGGACAUGGAACAAAAUGGGAAUCAAAACUUAUCUGCAGGUACGCUCUGCCGAAUGGGGUGUGGGUUCUAUGGAACUGCAGCAUUAGAUGGUAUGUGUUCUAAGUGUUAUAAAGACGCAAUCAAACGGAAACAAAAUUCAUCACCAGUGAGUGGCCGCAUCAGCCCGACAGGAGAGGCUGAUAAAGUUGGCAAUGUGACUGCCUCACUGGCACAGACAUCUCUAGGACCAUCAAAUCAAGAAACUUCCACUUCAAAUAUAGUUGAAGGUGCCACUGGUGUUGAUACAUCAGUGCCACCAAGUAUAAAAACUGCCACAACUACUGUACCUGUUCCUACCUCCAGUCAAGAUAAAACUGUAGAUAAAAAUGAAGAGGGAGCUGCAGGUGGUGAUGAUGCGCAGUCCCCAGAAGUAAAUAAAAAACCUAAAAAGAAUCGUUGCCAAACUUGCAGAAAGAAGGUGGGAUUAACAGGAUUCCGAUGCCGAUGUGAAGGACUUUAUUGCAGUCUUCAUCGUUAUUCGGAUAAGCACAGUUGUACAUUUGACUAUAAGGAGAUGGCUCAGGAACAAAUCAGAAAGAACAAUCCCGUUGUUGUGGGUGAAAAAAUUCAAAAAAUUUGA